AUUCGAUAAAAGACAAUUUCACUCCAUUGUAAUAGUUUGAAGUGAAAAGGCCGUUUCAUAUUUUUGUAAACAUUUAAAAAGCAUAAUUGGAAUGUCGGUCCAACUUUAAUAUUCAUUAACUCCAGAAUUAUUAGUAUAGCCUGUGCACCUUCGUUAAAUGCUAUUGUAAACAAAGCUAUUUAAACAAUAAUGGAAUCAUUGAAAUUUGAUUUCGGUGAUAUUUGCCACAUUAAUGAAUUGAAACAUUCAUUAUUAUUUCGGAUGAAUCCCCCAGCAUAUCUUUGCAAUAAUUUUGGAUCCAAAAGAUCUUCGUAUAUCGGAAAUAAAUUUAUAGCAACAUCUUCGGGAAGUGGUGGUUUAUCGAUAAACGAUUCCAAGGUAUUAGUUGAUACAGUAUGUUGAAAUUUACACCAGGAGUCAGCAUCUUCAGGGCAGAGAAAAUGUCGUGAAUGUUUUAAUAAUGACGUUUUAUGGCAAAAAAUUUACCAAAUCCCAUUAUACAUGUCAUCAAUAUCGUUGGAGUUAUAUCGUAUUGCUAAUCCAAUAUAAUUGAUCAGUUUAGUAAUUACUUUACCCUUUAAUCGGCUUUUCUCCCCCAAGCUAUUAUUAUUUCUCUUGAAAGCCUUGAGUCGAUUACCCAUUUUUUUUUACACAUUCUUUGAUGCAUUCUUUUAUUUGCAAACGGGAUAUCCCCAUAAGGCUUUGCAUCGUAAAUACUUUUAUAUGUUUUAGUAUCGCCAUCAUCAAUAUAAUUUACAUAUUUUAUUUUAUGCAGUGAUUCUGAUAUUAAAAACAUUUCUUUCAUCCCAUCGAACUCUAUUUUAUCUGAUGAAUUUUCAUGGUUAAUUAAACAUACUUUUGAAUGCGUCUGCAGUUAUUCAUCGUAUUCAUAUAAUUCAUAUAUUCAUAUAUCUUUCAUAUAAUUCAUUUGUGCGCAGGAUCUAUAAAAGCUACACUUCAUAAUGACACCUACAAUUUUGCCAGUAUGAAAACCAAUUAGGGACAAAAUGCCAAUAAGAAUUUGAAUUCUUUCUUUUUUCAGCUUCCAUUCCCCUACAUUGUGAUUCGAGAAACAUCAUUUGAUGUUGACAAAAUUUUAUAAUUUUCUUCUACUUCUUCUUUUGCAGCCUUGAUGAGAACAAUAUCAUUAACAGUUUUUACUGCAUUCUUGAUCUGUUUCACAUACAAUCAUAAAAACUAUGAAAUUUUGGUCGCGGUAAAUCCAUGAACGUACAAAAUUUUUCUGUACCACAUAGCCCAACACAAAUGAGUUUUAUGGCUAAUUUUCAUAUGUAUUGUUUAUAAGGGGGCAUAAAUCAAUCGACACAGGAUCACAUUUUUCGCAAUUCAUCGCAAGUUUAAAACCUAAUUCUCAAACACUACGUUCAGUAAAAUUUAUAUUACCGCCACAAUUUUUAUAAUCACGAAAUACAGUAAAAAUAGAAAAGAAGUUCAAAAUUUUAUAAUUUGUAUUUAAAUUAACGUCAAUCAGUACCAUUUGAUAUUUUUCUUUUCAAAACAUUUAUACGCCGUUUGGAACUUUAACCAUUUUCAAUCUCAAAUUUAUUACGAAGUUGAUUAAAUUUUUUUCCGUUUCGUGUAGCUCUUAUUCUAAUGCCUCUAAUUACUUUUUCAACAUUAAUAAUUAACGGUGCAGAAUCGUAUAUACAAGAAGCAACUUGAAGGACAACUGUACAAGGACCAAGGUCUAGAAUUUUAUACAGAGUCAAUAUAUUGUAAAGUAGAGAAAAACCAGAAAUUUCUAAUAAAAGAUAUUUUACAAUAGAUUAAAGAAUAAUUAUAAUAUAAUGUAUCAUCUAUUGUGAAAUACGCAUAUAAUGAAUGUAUCAUCUAUUGUGAAUUAGCAAGGACCUAAGAGUCUCAGCGGGGCGUCUGGCGGGAACGUUGCGCUACCUGCUCUCACUGAAGUAACUGUAACUCAUGAUCUUCCUCCUUAACAAAUAGCAAGAAAAAAACUGAAGAAUCAUUAUGUAAGAAUGCGUGCUAGUACGAGAGAGCAUGAAAAAGGAAGUGAAAAACGAUUAUCCAUACCCAUCACUGUCCGUCAAUUAGAAGCUGUUAUAAGAAUUUCUGAAGCUUUGGCAAAAAUGCAACUUCAAUCUUUCGCUACUGAAAUUCAUGUUAAUGAAGCUCUCAGACUAUUUCAAGUUUCUACAUUAGAUGCUGCUAUGUCUGGUUCAUUAGCUGGUGCAGAAGGAUUCACUUCAGAAGAAGAUCAUGAGAUAUUGUCUCGCAUAGAAAAACAAUUAAAAAAUAGAUUCCCUAUUGGAAAUCAAGUCUCAGAACAAAACAUUGUUAAUGACUUUCUUAAACAAAAAUAUCCAGAACGUGCUAUUUACAAAGUUAUACACACAAUGAUUCGUCGUGGAGAGCUUCAACAUCGGAUGCAACGAAAAAUGUUGUACAGGUUAUAUUAAAAUAUAAGAAAAGCUUUCAUUGUAUAAUUAUUUUUGUGCAUUUUGUUCAGUUCUCCAUACAAUAUACUGCUUUAUUUUUUAUAUAUAAUUCUGUAUUUUUAAAUUAUGUAACAAGAGCAAAUCUCUUGCUCAUGGUGUCAAUUCAUUUUUAAAUGGAUAAAGUGGGUGCUUUUCAACCCUAAAAUAAAGAUAAGAUUGAAGAUAUAUGAAAAAAAAUA